AUGGCGACGGUGGAUGACGCAAUGGACGCCGCCGCCGCUGCGGCAGCAGCUGUAGCGGCCACAAAUUCCCGGAUGGACGCCAUGGAGCAAAAUCAAAUCACGAUGACCACCCAGCUGGCCGGCAUCGCUCAGCAGCUCCAGGUGUUGCUCGCUGGCGCCGGGGGCGCUGGUGGAAGUGGUAGCAGUGGUGGCGCUGGUGGUAGCAGCAGCAGCGGUGGCACGGGUGGUACCAGCAGCAGUGGUGGCGCAGGCGGUAGCAGCAGCAGCGGGGGCGGUAGCGGCCUCAGCGGUGGCGUUGGCGGAAGCGGAAGCAGUGGUGGCGUGGGUACUGUUCCACACCCAGCGGCUGUAACCACAUCUCAGCGACGCCGUAUUGAUCCCUCGUGCCUGGACAAAUUGCCUGGCGACGCUUCCCUUUCCCAGCUUCGUUCGUGGACAAAUCGAUGGAAUGAUUUCAGCCAAUUGAACCAGCUCAGCGUGUACCCGGUUAACGAGCAGAUGGCCGCCUUUCGGAUGGUCCUGGACCCAGCAAUGCACCAGGUCGUCGAGGUGGCGCUCGGCAUAUCUCCGACGUCAGUGGUGACCCCGGCCGACGUCCUCGACCAGAUAAAGGAUUAUAUCCGGUCAAAACGCAACAUAGCUCUGGACAGAGUGGCCUUUGAGGAAUGCAAACAAGGUACGACGGAAACCUUUGAUGAAUUUUACAUUCGGCUCAAGAACCUCGCGGAAGCUGCCAACCUCUGUAUCGCGUGCUCGGACGAGAGAAUGGCAACGCGCAUAAUGGCAGGUAUCCAGGACACUGAAACAAAGCGACGUCUGUUGGCCAUCAGCCCGUUCCCUACGUCCCAGCAGACCAUCAACAUAUGCCGUAGCGAGGAGUAG